AUGGAUCACACUUCGCUGGACGAGGGCAACUUCACCUUCGAGGGACCCUCGGCGGGGACAAGGGACAAGGAGGACGACUCUGAUCUGGUGCCCUUGCCGAUGAAUAACCUGUACAAUCUCACGGACCCCAACAACUCGCGACUCAUACGCGUCGACCCGGCCGCCGUCAACGGGCCGGACCUCAUCAGGCAGGGAGUGAUAAAGCUGGCGGAGGCCGAAUUCCUCUUCAACCACUAA